AUGGGAGCAGAUAACUCAGGAUCAGUGGGUUCUGUCAAUAAUCAAAGACGGUUACAAACUGGAGUUUCUGCAAAAACCUCCUUUUCAGGGAAUAAAAAAGACAGUAGUCAGUACAAAAAAUUUGGAUAUUUUAAAUUUAGAAAUAAAUUCUCUUUUGGAAAAAGGGGCUAUAGAAAAAGUACCAGUCAAGGAACGAAUGACCGGUUUUUACAGUACAUUAUUCCUAGUUCCAAAAAAAAAUGGACAAAUGAGACCGGUUAUAAAUUUGAAACCACUAAAUCAGUAUCUUCGGAAGCAACACUUCAAAAUGGACACAAUUUCAAAGGUGUUAAACUUAGUAAAACAAGGAGAUUGGGCAAUAAGUCUGGACUUAAAAGACGCUUAUUUUCAUAUAAAAGUAUUCAAAAAUCACAGGAAAUACCUCAGAUUUUCUGUUCAAGGUCAAGUUUACCAGUUCAAAGCCCUUUGUUUUGGCCCAACAUCAUCACCACGAGUUUUUACGAAGGUGGUGUCAGUAGUUGCAGCCCAUUUAAGAAAACAAAACAUACGUCUAGCAGUAUAUCUAGACGAUUGGAUGUGUGUCAAUCAGUUUCAGCAAAAACUUGUAAUAGAUCGAGAAAUAAUGUUGAAUCUCCUUGUUCGACUAGGCUUUUUAAUCAAUCACGAAAAGUCCAGUUUAAUACCAAAUCAAACAAUCACUUAUUUGGGAGCGGUGUUCAAGUUCGAUCAAGGUUUAGUAUUACCAACUCAGGACAGGAUACAGAGUCUAUUUUUAUCAGUACAAAAAGUAAUGAAUGGCAUGGUAACAGCCAGACAUUACAUGGAAGUAUUGGGGAAAAUGGCAUCUUGUCUAGAGUUGAUUCCGAAUGCCAGGUUAUUUAUGAGGCCUGUCCAAUUACGUUUACUUCGAAAUUGGACCCCAUCAAAAAUGAGUUUAGAUUUUCAAAUUCAAUGUACUCCAAACCUAAAAGUUCAUUUGAAAUGGUGGUUGUCUUUAGCAAACAUUAUGCAGGGAAGAUCUUUAAAACAAAAUCAGACCUCAGUUACAAUCACGACGGAUGCCUCCAAGUCGGGUUGGGGGGGUCACAUGAACAAUCUAACAGCUCAGGGUCUUUGGACAGAGGAGCAAAAACUGUUACAUAUAAACAAUCUAGAAUUGGAAGCAGUUUUUCUGACUGUGAAGAAAUUUCAGAAAUUUUUGAAAAACAAACUAGUUUUGAUUCGGUCAGACAAUGUUACAGUAGUACAAUACAUAAACAAGCAAGGAGGGACUCGGUCACUUCAGCUAUGUCAAAGGACUUGGGAUUUAUGGAUGUUUGCCCUAGAAAACAAAAUUUAUCUGAAAGCAGCACACAUUGCGGGAGUAAACAAUGUGUUAGCAGAUCAAUUGAGUCGGAUAAAAAUUCAGGCAACAGAGUGGGAAUUAGACCAUUCAGUUGUGCAUCAAAUUUUUCAAAAUUGGGGGCAUCCAACAAUCGAUCUUUUUGCGACAAACGAAAACAAAAAAGCAGUUGUGUUUUGCUCAUGGAUGAAUCACCCACAAGCAUUAGCAGUGGAUGCUCUAUCCAUAGAAUGGAACAACAUGUUUGCCUAUGCAUUUCCCCCCCUUGCACUAAUUCCAAAAAUUUUACAGCACAUGCAAAAAUUUCAGUGCGAGAUAAUACUGAUAGCUCCACAUUGGCCAAGACAACAUUGGUAUCCCCAGUUGUUACAACUACUAGUAGCUUGUCCUCUAAAACUUCCACUAGUAGAAAAUCUGCUGGUUCAGGGCAAGAGAAAAGUGGCACAUCCGAACCCAGAAGUGUUUCAGUUAACUGCAUGGCUACUAUCGACCAGCAGCUCAAAACAAAAGGUUUUUCUGAAAACGCUAGGAAACUCCUGUCAGCAUCUUGGCGGGCAGGUACUCAAAAGGAUUACAAAGCUAAAUUUAGAAAAUACAAUAGCUGGUGUUCUGAACGGGAUAUCGAUCCCUAUACAGCUUCUUUAGAAAAUUGUGCAAAUUUUUUAACACAUUUAUUUGACAAAGGUUUACAGUAUAGGACAAUUGCAGGUUACAGGUCUAUGCUGUCUUCAGUAUUAUCUCCCAUUGAAAAAAUCCCUGUUGGUCAACACCCUUACAUUAUAAGAUUACUGAAAGGGGUUUUUAAUACGAGACCGCCUAAACGAAAACUUGUACCCGAGUGGGAUUUACCUUUAGUCUUAGACUUACUAAAGAAAGAACCUUAUGAACCAAUGAAAAAAGCUAGUUUGAAAUAUAUAACUUGGAAAACAAUUUUUCUUAUUGCAAUUACUACUUUUAGAAGAUGUGGGGAUUUGCAAUCUUUGAGAAUUGGUGAAGGUUCAGUUAAUGUUCAGAAAAAAGGGGUAACUUUUUUACGUCAUGGUUUGUCAAAACAAGAUAGAAUUUCUCAUCAAAGUCCAACUAUUUUUGUUCCAGCUUUUGAGAACAACAGAUUACUAGAUCCUAAGAGGGCUUUGACACAUUAUUUGAGGAAUACAGAGGAUUUAAGAGACAAGAAUGGCAAAGAUGAACUGAAAUUGUUUUUAACUGUAAAUAAACCACAUAGACCAGUGUCUUCACAAACUAUUUCAAGCUGGUUAGUUAAGGUGAUUAGACAUGCAUAUAAGAAACAGAAGAAAGAUAUUCCUCAAGUGAGAGGACAUUCUACUAGAUCAAUUGGACCUUCCUGGGCUCUUUUCAAAGGAGCAAAAAUGAAAGACAUUUUAGAUAGUGCAGAUUGGAGUCAAGCCAACACUUUUGUGAAUUUUUACUUGAAAGAUGUACAGGUGGAUUUUUUAAACAUUUGA